UGUGUGUGUGUGUGUGUAAGAGAGAGAGAGAGAAAAGCAGGAGGCAGAAGAAGACUGGUGCCUUUCUUUAGCGCUGACGGCGACGGACAGAUAACAAUACCGAAUACGUGGUCGUACCCGAUUCACUCUGCAUUCUGAGUCGCGCCGGGUCAAUAAAAGUUGACUUUUGAAAGACGUAAAAAAAAAUGGGGAUCCGUAAAAAAGCAACAAGAACCCGCCGGUGUUGAGCCACGAGUUUAUCAUCCAGAACCAUGCAGAUAUUGUUUCCUGUGUUGCUAUGGUGUUCCUCCUCGGGUUGAUGUUUGAGAUCACCUCGCAGGUUGCAGUGCUGUUCAUCACUGUCCAAUACAACGUUACAAUCUCUGCAAACGAGGGCCUGCCAGAGGAGAGCGUGGUGAACCACUUCCAGCACGGCCUGAAGGAUGUGGCUACAGUCUUCUUCUACACGCUGGUGGCCAUCAUUAUCCACGCCAUCAUUCAGGAAUAUGUACUGGACAAGAUCAACAGGAAGAUGCACUUCUCUAAGACCAAGCACAGCAAGUUCAACGAGUCGGGCCAGCUCUCUGCCGUCUACCUGUUCUCCUUCGGAUGGGGAACCAGCAUCCUCAUGUCGGAGAACUUCUUGUCCAACCCAGUGAAUCUGUGGGAAGGCUACCCCCAUACCUUGAUGCCGUUCCAGAUGAAGUUCUUUUUCAUCUGUCAGAUGGGCUACUGGCUUCACGCUCUCCCCGAGCUUUACUUCCAGAAGACCAAGAAAGAGGAUAUUCCCAGACAGUUGGUGUAUAUUGCUCUGUACUUGGUCCACAUCGCAGGAGCCUACAUCCUCAAUCUGAAUCGUCUGGCUCUGGUCCUGCUGGUGUUGCACUACUUUGUAGAGCUUCUCUUCCACGUGUCCCGCCUGGUCUACUUCAGCAACGAGAAGAGACAGACUGGGUUUACUGUCUGGGCAGUACUGUUUGUUCUUGGACGGCUGCUCACCCUGUCCCUGUCUGUCCUGACUGUGGGUUUCGGCCUGGCCAACGCUGAUCAACAGGUACUGGACCUGGCUAACGGAAACUUCAACGUACUCUUCGUUCGGAUCACUGUGCUGGCGACCAUCUGUGUGACUCAGGCCUUCAUGAUGUGGAAAUUCAUCAACUUUCAGCUGAGGAGGUGGAGAGAGCAGGCCCAGGCCCAGCCCGUCAAACCCAAGAAGCCCCAAGCUCCCAAGACCAAGUCCAAGAAAGACAAAGCCAAUGGCGUGAACGGAGUAAGUUCCAACGGAGCUGAUUCGCCAAGAGCAAAGAAAGAGAAGUCCUCAUAAAGUCCUUCCCCAUUCCCAAAAAGACUCCCUUUUCUCUGUCACCCUCCAACCCAAGGCUGCACCCAGCCUUCUAAUGCCACUGCUCUAGCUGUUGUCAACAGCCCAAUCCCAAAUCCACUCCUGGACCCUAUUCCAGGGAUCAUCAACGAGAUUCAGCCGCAGGCCAAGUUUUUAUCUACAGUAGAUGGUCAGUGGGCCGGAGUAUAAUUACAAAUCAUUUGUAGACUUCAAAUUGACCGCAAGAAGCCCAAACUGAUUGAAUAUUUGACCAAAACAGAAUAAUUUCAAACCUUGCUUACUUUUGUAUACAAUCACUUUGGAACAUUUUUCUAAAAUUUAAAAUGACUUGGAGCUGAUUGGCUGGUGUUUCUAGUCUUAUGUCCAACAAUUUAAAAAAUUAAAAUGUUUUGGUCAACUUGAGGAGUGGGCCUCCAGUUGGGGAACCCCCCCCCUAAGCACUUCUGGAGAUCAAAAUGUAUUGAAUUGGUAUAAGCAGUAUGGUGGUGAAACUUCAACCUAGAUCUGAUCUGAAGGACUACAGCUCCUCCCAGUAGGACUACAAACUCCACAAUGCAUCUUAGCUUUCUCUGCUCCUUGCCAAUCUCAAGUGAUCUCGAUUAAAAAAAUAAUAAAAAACAUUUCCCCAUAUCUUCAUGUGCCAUUACUACAGAAAAAGAAAAUAAUAAUUAAAAAAAAGAUAUAUAUAACUUAUUUAAGUGCCUAUUGAUACAGAUUGUUUUGUACAGUUUUAAAAUUUCAGGAAUGAUGGAGAAAAAAAAAAUAUCAGUGUUUUCAGUAAUCUGUUUCUAAAGUCAAACAUUUCAUAUGCCAUUUUUAUUUUUAUUUUAAACAUUUUUAUUUAUCAGACUGUAUACUGUAUGCCAUUCUGUUUCUUUAACAAAAGGACUUCUUGAAUUCAUUCCCAUCUGUUUGGAAUCAUUAGCAGAGAAACUCCAUGCACCUGCCCACUUUCCCUCAGUCUGUAUCAGAGGUUUAGUUAAAUCGUUUUUUUUUAUUUUCCAGGAGUUGAAAUGGCUUCAUUCCCCCUUGUUUCCUUUCCUUCAUCAACACAAGGGUUACUAGACUGGAUAGGAUUCAUUGGUUUCCACCAUAGUGCUUUAACCUACCAGUUUGUGUGUCCCCAAAUACCAUCUAAUUCCCAAUAUAGUGCUCUACUUUUGACCAGAGCUGUCUUGGUCCAAUGUAGUGUAGGGUCCCAUUUGAGUCCCAGACAUUCUCUCGGGACACUGGCAGUGAGAACGCAGGACAGGAAACAAGGAUAAGAAGCCAUUCUAGAGAAUUUUGAGGGGUUUUUUUUUUAUUUGCUUUUCAAGCCUUUUGUGUUGGUGCUGUAAAAAAACAAACGUCCUGCUUUACUUCUGUUUUAAUGCAUCCUUCCUGUGGUCUUUCCUGAAGCUAUCGCUGAUCUAACGUGGUUGGAUAGGGCCGUUUACCCCAAUCCAGUCAAUGGCAGGAUCAGUGGUCACUCUCUAUGAAGGGAGGAAGCAAUUAUUGAUGUGCAUCCCAAAUGGCACCCUAUUCCCUAUAUGGUGCACAGAGACACAAUGGGCUGUGGGCAUAAGUAGUGCACUAAUAUAGUGCCAUUUGGGAUAUAAGCAUGGAGUUAACUUAGAGUGCCUACCAAGGCACUGAAAACGAUAUGUUCCCUAUAUCUCUUUCUUUUCAGAUCUACAUGAAGGCUUGUGAGCUAAAUGGCACCCUAUUUCCUAUAUAGUGCACUACUUUUGACUAGGACUCUGGUCUAAAGUAGUGCACUAUAAAGACAAUAGGGUGCCAUUGGAGAUGUAGACAUUGUAUUUAUGUCUCCUUUGGACAUGUCCAUGAGAAUAUAAUUUGUUGUUGAAGACAUUAUGGAUAAGGAAAUGUUCUGUUUUAUUACCCUUUUUAUUUUAACUGAACGUGCCAAAUGCGAGUUCUCCACGUGGCAUAAAACCCACCGUGACGCUUUACUUUCAUUUAACAUGCCCACUUGUUGCCAUUAAAAAAUUAAUUUACACAAAGAAA